AUGACCACCUUGUUGCAUGAAGAAAGCACUUCGCCAGCAGAAGAUGAAGCAACAACCCCGAUCCUGGUCAAGUGGGAUGAAAAUGAGCCCGCAAACCCAUUCAACUGGUCCACGCCGUACCGGGCCUUUAUCACCCUGCAAUUGGGAUUGAUCGCCAUGGCAGCCAGUGUGGGAUCAAGCAUAAUGGCUCCCACCGAGCCGACGCUUCAAAAGGUCUUUCACAUCGGCCACGAGGUUUCUGUCCUUUGCAUCUCGCUUUACAUCCUGGGAUUCGCGUUUGGACCGCUUUGCUGGGCGCCCAUCUCGGAGCUAUGGGGUCGGCGAGUUUCUUUAAUUUUCCCAAUGAUGGCCGUCGGGUUAUUCUCGAUAGGCACGGCGACAAGCAAAAACAUCCAGUCCGUUCUGAUAACGAGAUAUUUCGCUGGACUGUUUGCUUCGUCGCCGGUGAGCAACGUGGGAGCAAUCAUGGGCGACAUCUGGCCCCCGAAAGUUCGCGGCACCGCCGUGGUGUUUUAUGCCCUUGCUGUUGUCGGCGGCCCUACUCUGGGCCCUGUCAUCGGCGCCUCCUUGACGGUGAAUCCUCACCUUGGCUGGCGUUGGACCGAGUACAUCCAGGCCAUCUGGACAUUCACGGUCACCACCAUAAUUUUGAUCUUCUUGCCAGAGACUUAUGCCCCCGUUUUGUUGAAGAGAAAGGCAGAGCGUCUGCGUAAGGAGACGGGGAAUCAAGCAUACUACCACCCUCACGAAAUGACCAAGCUUUCGCCCAAAAUCAUCGUCACCAAGCAUCUCUCUCGCCCUCUUCGCAUGUUAUUCACGGAACCAAUGGUGACGUGCAUAGCAUUAUACGCGUCCUUUGUCUACGGCCUGCUGUACAUGACCUUGGAGGUGUUCCCCAUUGUCUUUGCGCAACACAGGGGAUGGGGUCUGGUGACAAGCUCGUUGCCAUUCCUGGCCCUCUUGACUGGUGUGGGCUGCGCCAUGCUUGUCAACCUGGCAAAUCAACCUCGAUACGCACGACUCGUCGACGCCGCGGGAGGGAAGCCUGUGCCAGAGGCUCGUUGCGCUCCAAUGGCGGUCGGUGGCAUUGUCUUUGCCAUUGGUUUAUUCUGGUUUGGAUGGACGGCAAAUCCAAAGAUUCACUGGGUUGUGCCUGUAUUGGCAGCCGUCUUUAUCGGAGCCGGCUUCAACAUCAUCUUCCAGCAAUGCAUCAACUUCCUCGUCGACACGUACCGCUUAUACGCUGCAAGCGCGACAUCCGCCAAUACACUUCUGAGAAGCGCUCUGGCGGCUUCAUUCCCCCUGGCAGCCACGCCCAUGUUCAAUACCUUGGGAGUCGGGCCCGCAAUGUCUUUGUUGGGAGGAGUUGCGGUGAUUGCUAUUCCGGUGCCAUUUUUGUUUAUGAAGUAUGGCCUUACUUUGAGAAAGAUGUCCAAGUUUGCGCCGGUAGACGACGAUGAGAGACCAAACAAAGAGACUAGAGCAUAA